AUGUUAAUACUAAGCAAACGAUCUAACACCUGUAUUGUAGACAACUCAUAUAACAACACACAUAUACAUUAUCUGUUCUCCAGAGUCAAGAUGAGUAAUCCAAAUUCCGAUAUUGUACCACCCAGCCAGGAAUUAACUAAUUUACAGAUUAACGAGUCAAUUGAUGCUGAAUUAGCGCGAUUGGACAGUUUAACCAUUUCUCAGGUGGUUAACUUGAAGGAUGUGAUAGAAUCAGAACUUUCCAAAAACAUUGAGAUUCUCUCAUCGCAAAAUGUGGACAUGGAUUCAUCUCUAGUAACCGCAGACGGGUUCCCGCGGUCGGAUGUCGAUGUUUUACAAAUAAGAUUAGCGAGAAGAAAUAUAAACAUGUUGAGAAAUGAUCUAAACAAAGUUAUCUUGAAAUCACAUUCAAUGUUAAAUGCUCAUUUCGAACAAAAGCAAGAGGUAGCUCAAAGUAAUAAAACUGGCGACAAUGAGAUCGAAUACAAAAUCCCAUUUGCAAGGUUCACUGAAAUCACACCGGGUGGACCCAUUGAAAAGACAGGCGUGCAGUUAAAUGAUAAACUAGUUUCCAUUGGUGAUAUACAUGCUGGAAAUCAUAAUAAGCUGAAAAAUGUUCAAAUGGUUGUAUUGAGAAACGAGAACAAGGAACUUCCUAUUAGGAUUAUGCGAGACAAUAGUCUCUUAGACUUAAAAUUGAUUCCAACGCGAGAGUGGGAAGGAAGAGGAUUGCUCGGUUGUAAGCUAGACGAAUGUUAA